UGUUUUGCUACUUUCUCCGCACUAUAACAAAUUCCCUUCUCCGACUCUCUUGGAUCUUAGAUGCAUUCUACCUUAGAAUGUUUCUUCACAAGCAUAGCUGAAACCUCUCCUUCGCUUUAAUAUCUCACAUUCCAUUCUAAACAAUUGUAUUUCUUCCACAUUCUCAUGCUAACAUAGUUCAAAACCUAAAAAGAAAUGGCUAGGCCACGCAGCAGCAAGCGUAAUUCCUCCUCAAGUUCUUACACAUCAACAAUAACCACCAUAGCCUUCAUAGCAUUAUGUGUUAUAGGUGUUUGGAUGCUAAAUUCCAAUUCAAAGGUUACUCCACAAACCACCAAUCACGCCACCAAAUCCACCACCACCAACAUUGCCGCAGACGUGGAUGUUUCUUCCUCCACUGAGGUAGAAAACACUGAAUCCAGUAACAAAAAGGAUACGCCUAUUUAUGAAGACAAUCCAGGAGAUCUUCCUGAUGAUGCUAUCAAAUCCGAUGAGCCUAAAAGCAAUAAUGACAAUGACAAUAAAGAAGAAAGUAAGGACGGAAAACAAAUAGAUGAUGGUGAUAGUAAGGCUGAUCAAGAGAGCUCAUCACAGGAUUUAAAGGGAGAAGGAUCUGGCGAGGAGCAGCAGCAACAGGAAGAAAGACAAAAUCAGAUAUCUGAAGAAAGUUCAGACACUCAAAACCAAACACCUGAUCAAACCACUCAAGAAAGUUCUCAAUCUGAAGGUAGCCAGGAAACAAACGCCAAUCUAGAACAAGAAACAAACGCUAAUCAAGAACAAGAGCAAAUUACAGUACCUGAAACUGAUGAUAGUAGUUCAGAAGCUUCUACAAAUCAGAAUGAAGGACAAGAUCAGAAGCGGCAACAACUACAACAACAAGAUGUUGCAAACAGUAGUAAGGAUUUACAGGAUUCUCAGAACCCAGAAUCAAAAAAAGACCAACAACAACAAGAGAGUACUGGACUCAACCAAAACGAUCAAGAAUCUAAUCAAAAUGAGAAAUCAUACGAAGACCAACAACAACGACAACAACAAGAGAAUAGUGGACUCAAUGAAAACACUCAAGACUCUAAUCAAAAUGAGAAAUCAUAUGAAGAGCAACAGCAAGAGCAAAGACAAGAAGAUGCUGGAGUUCAGAAUUCUUCUCAAGAAUCCCAGAAUGAGGUAUCUGAAGAAGAUAAAAAAAAGAGAAUGCAGCAACAACAACAACAACAACAAACAUCACAUCAUCAAGAAGCCGAAAAAGAAUCUCAGGUUGAUAGCAACACAAACCAAGAAACCAAGCAGGACUCAAGCUCUGGCGAGUCAGCAUUUCCAGGCAGCGAGAACCCAGGAAUACCAAAAGAAUCAAAGGAGUCAAAGAAGUCAUGGUCAACUCAAGCAGCAGAGUCAGAGAAUCAAAAGGAGAGAAGGAAGGAGGAAUCGGACGGUAAUGAUAGUAUGUAUGGGUACACAUGGCAACUCUGUAAUGUCACUGCAGGUCCUGAUUAUAUACCUUGUUUGGAUAACGAAAAGGCCUUAAGACAAUUACAUACAACCGGGCACUUUGAGCAUAGAGAGAGACACUGUCCUGAGGUUGGACCCACUUGUUUGGUCCCACCUUCUGAAGGGUACAAAAGACCCAUAACAUGGCCUCAAAGUAGAGACAAGAUAUGGUAUCACAAUGUACCUCAUACAAAAUUGGCAGAGGUCAAGGGUCAUCAAAACUGGAUUAAGGUUACUGGGGAGUUCUUGACCUUCCCUGGUGGUGGAACUCAGUUCAUACAUGGAGCUCUUCACUACAUUGAUUUUGUUCAACAGGCAGUGCCUAAAAUUAAAUGGGGAAAACACACUCGUGUGAUACUGGAUGUUGGGUGUGGAGUUGCAAGCUUUGGUGGUUAUAUUUUUGAAAGGGAUGUUCUUACAAUGUCAUUUGCACCCAAGGAUGAACAUGAAGCUCAAGUUCAAUUUGCCCUUGAAAGAGGAAUACCUGCCAUAUCUGCUGUCAUGGGUUCUCAGCGUCUCCCAUUCCCUAGUAGGGUCUUCGAUCUCAUCCACUGUGCACGUUGUAGAGUCCCUUGGCACGCAGAAGGUGGCAAGCUGCUUUUGGAAUUGAAUCGCGUUCUCCGACCUGGAGGUUACUUUGUGUGGUCAGCAACUCCUGUUUACCAAAAGCUUCCAGAAGAUGUGGAGAUAUGGCAAGCUAUGUCUGCAUUGACGGCAUCUAUGUGUUGGGAGCUUGUGACUAUCCAGAACGACAAACUUAACGGUAUUGGUGCUGCCAUCUACCGCAAACCUACCACAAAUAAUUGCUACGAUCAAAGAAAGAAAAACAGUCCCCCAAUGUGUAAAAGUGACGACGACGCAAAUGCUGCCUGGUAUGUACCUCUGCAGGCAUGCAUGCACCGGGUGCCUGUUUCUAAAACUGAGAGGGGGGCUAAAUGGCCAGAGGACUGGCCUCAAAGACUACAAACACCUCCUUAUUGGCUAAACAGCUCCCAGAUGGGGAUCUAUGGUAAGCCAGCUCCUCAAGAUUUUGCUACAGAUUAUGAACAUUGGAAGCAUGUGGUGAGCAACUCAUACAUGAAGGCAUUGGGUAUCAGCUGGUCGAAUGUGAGAAAUGUAAUGGACAUGAGAGCUGUUUAUGGAGGGUUUGCAGCAGCUCUCAAGGACCUGAAGAUCUGGGUGUUCAAUGUCGUGAACACAGACUCCCCAGAUACUCUUCCGAUAAUAUAUGAGCGAGGUCUUUUUGGGAUAUACCAUGAUUGGUGUGAAUCCUUCAGCUCAUACCCUCGAACUUACGACCUUCUACAUGCUGAUCAUCUCUUCUCAAAGCUGAAAAAGAGGUGCCAACUUGCUCCUCUAUUGGCAGAGGUUGAUAGAAUCGUGAGACCUGGAGGUAAAUUGAUUGUUCGAGAUGAGUCAAGCGCAAUCGGGGAAGUUGAGAACUUGUUGAAGUCUCUGCAUUGGGAGGUUCAUCUAACCUUCUCCAAAGACCAAGAAGGUUUACUCAGCGCACAAAAGGGCGACUGGCGACCACAGACAUAUGCAGCUCUCUCCUGAUCAAGAAGAGAAACAGCAUCUGGCUCAUAAUCUUGUGCUGCCCCUUCUUAACAGUUUAUUGACUUGCAAAUGGCAGCUUACUGUAGAACUUUUCUUUCUUUAAAAUGUAAAAUCUUCUUUUGAAAUACAGCUAGGUUAAUGUAUUUGUUAUUGUCAAGUAAACCUAUCAGUACUACAAUCACUGCAUAGAAUCAAAGUA